CAAUUUUCUUGCAUUUUCUUUGCAACUAAAAGAAAGGGUUUUUUUAAUUGUUUCGAUUUUUCUGUAGGAAGUGAAAAUAUUGCAUUUUAGUGGUGAAUUUAUAGUGAUUAUUAAUUUUAUUUUCUGUUCAAAGUAAAGAUUUUUACUUGUUUGAAUUUAGUGGAGGAAAUUUGAAGAUUCAAAUGCCGGAGGAGGACUUGCUAGAACUUAAAUUCCGAUUGUAUGAUGGAUCGGAUAUCGGUCCAUUCCGAUAUUCGCCUGCUUCAACCGUUGCUAUGCUCAAGGAAAGAAUCGUUGCUGAGUGGCCCAAAGACAAAAAGAUUGCACCUAAGGGAGCCAAUGACAUCAAGCUGAUAAAUGCCGGGAAUAUUUUAGAGAACAACAAGACUGUUGGCCAGUGUAAAGCACCUUUCGAUGAUCUCCCUAAAGCAGUCAUCACAAUGCAUGUUGUUGUGCAGCCCUCUGUAACAAAAGCUAAAACAGGAGAAAAGAAGGUGGAUGAGAUGCCGCGGAAAAACUUCUGUUCGUGUUCCAUAUUGUAAAAAGGAAAUCAUUCUUGAUUCAAGAAUCACGCUGCUGAAAUGGCCUCAAGGGUUCCUGAGCUGUGUCUGGCCCGUUGGAAUCGCAAAGUAAUAAGUACAAUAGUGACAUCCUUCGUUCUUACGUGGUAUGUUUGAGGGCAUUUUCAAAUUCAGUGGUUAUG